AUGUCGUUACUUCUUGACACAGACGUCACCCUCACGGCUACACAGGCUCCAACCGUCACUCUUCUACUGGGCCUACAACAGUUGACCUCGGUACCUCCAAAUUUGGCCAACAAGGACAACAACCGCUCAGGCUCAUCAACUUUGGCCUUGAGUAUGGGAAAUGAUACACAGGUGGCUUCCAUGUCACUGAGCUCAUUCAAUCUGACUACCUCCAGUAUGGGCAGUGGAGCAGUACACCACUCAUCCAAGAAGGGAAUACUUCUUGCGCUAUACAUGGCUGGAUCCGUGUUGUUUGCGUCGGUGCUUUGA